UCAUCGACGGUGAGCUUUCUGGACUCGAUUACUCAGCACUCACGGCACAACUUUGUGUUAAAAUGGCGACGGAAGCGUCGAGACAGCUGCGUUGAGGAGUCACGCAGGCGGUUCAGGGAGGGGAUGGUGGUUCAGCAGAAACUCAGCAUCAUCAUCAUCAUGGACCGCCCCGGCCAUCGGCAGCCACCUGCCACCCACCUGUAGCAUCACCCGGCGGCAGCAUGGCGAACACGACCCCCCCCGGUACUCAGGACCGGAGAGACAGCCACUGUGGUGGGUCUGGAGGAGCUAUCGUGGAGAACGGCUGUGAAGUGAAAGACCCGUCUGACCUCCACGAUCACAUGAACCAUCACUGCCAUGUUCCCAGCAUGCACAGCAAGCCCGUCGUUCCCACCUACACGCCGACCUGCUCCUCCACCCCGAUCUACUACAGCAGCCCCCAGAAGAGCUGCUCAGACCUGAACCAGGACUGCCACAGCUUGUCCUCUCAGGACUCAGGGAUCCCGACUCUGGAGAUCAACCCUCCGGAGGCGAUCCUCCACGGCCACCGUCGCCUGGGAGACGGCGGCCUCAUUCUGGACUCCACCCACGACUCGCCUGCCACUCUAGCUUUGCACGAUGAUCCCUCGGACGGCAGCGCCAUCCGCAAAUCCUCCACCUUCCCUCGCAGCGGGUACGACUCCGUCCGCCUCUUUAGUCCCGCCCUCAGGUUGUCCGCCACUACAGGGAUGAGCAUCGGGGGCGGAGCCUUGAACCGCAGCGAUGACAUCUCCAUGUGCAGCGUGUCGAGCAUGAGCACCGAGCUCUCCGUGUCCAAUGAAGACAUCUUGGAUUUCACCGUCACCUCGGACUCCAGCGCCAUCGUUACCUUGGAGACGGACGUCAGCAACGACGCUCACUUCUCGGACGUGACGCUGUCGUCAUCACCCAGAGACUUAUGGAGCCCGGGUUCAGAACAGGAAGGGGAUGGCAGGCUGAAGAAACUGGGACCUCUGGCGAGCUUAUUCAACAGGAGCCUGUUUUCCAGGAGGGUGAAGGACAGUCGGCCGGUGGAGCCGAGGGAUCCCGGCUGGAAGCUGUUUGGAAAAGUCCCACUGCGGGAAACUCCCACCAAGGACCACAAGAGAAUACAAACGGAAUAUGAAACAAAGAGUGGCAGAGCUGGACCCGUCAACCCGACGUCUCCCAGGAAGAGUGUGAGGAAAAACCUGGACUUUGAGCCCCUCUCCACCACCGCACUGAUACUGGAGGACAGACCUGCUAAUCUGCCUGCGAAGCCCGCCGAGGAGGCCCAGAAACACAGACAGCAGUAUGAAGAGAUGGUGGCCCAGGCCAAGAAGAGAGAGCUGAAGGAGGCUCAGAAGAGAAAGAAGCAGCUUGAGGAUCGCUGUAAACUGGAGGAGAGCAUCGGCACAGCCGCCCAGAUCUGGAACCAGGAGAUCUUACCCAAUUGGAGUACAAUGUGUACGUCUCGACGGGUCAGAGACCUCUGGUGGCAGGGCAUCCCCCCCAGUGUCAGAGGGAAGGUGUGGAGCCUGGCUGUGGGCAACGAGCUCAACAUCACACACGAGCUGUACAGCAUCUGUCUGGCCCGGGCGAGAGAGAAGUGGAAGAGCAUGCCAACAGCGGCCUCGGAGAUGGAAACUGAAGAUGCUGGUUCGUCAGAUCGUGAGUCGAGUCUAGAGCUGAUCAAGUUGGACAUCUCCAGAACUUUCCCACAUCUGUGCAUCUUCCAGCAGGGCGGGCCGUAUCAUGACGUGCUGCACAGCAUUCUGGGAGCGUACACGUGUUACCGGCCGGACGUCGGCUAUGUGCAGGGAAUGUCGUUCAUCGCAGCCGUUCUGAUCCUGAAUCUGGACACAGCCGACGCCUUCAUAGCUUUUGCCAACCUGCUCAACAAGCCGUGUCAGAUGGCCUUCUUCAGAGUGGACCACAGCCUUAUGUUGACUUACUUCUCUGCGUUUGAAGUGUUCUUUGAAGAAAACCUACCAAAGCUCUUUGCACAUUUCAAGAAAAACAACUUGACUCCUGAUAUUUAUUUAAUCGACUG